AUGCCGCCUACACAUUCUAGGCAUCACUCUAUACAACAUGCUAGACAGCACUCUAGACAUCAUUCUAGGCACAUAUCAUCAGUACGGGCAGACCUUGAGGUUGAUGCCUCGCCAAAUACAAAAUGCAACAUAUUUUUCAAUUCACUCAGAAGGCUGAUUCAACGAGGGGCUCAUGGGAUUAUACCUAGCUUUCUACAACGAAAAACUAUCUCGGCGAAGCAACAACGGCUACAUCCGACUUCGUACCUAGAUGGACUUCGUGGAGUGGCGUCGUUUAUCGUGUUUAUGGGACAUUAUACAGAGGAAAACAUAGGAUGGUUCGCAGAACCUUACGGAUUAUACGAAGACGGGGCACCAUCAUCACCAUUGCAGCUACCUUUGGUUCGGGUUCUUUACUCUGCUCGACCAAUGGUUCACAUAUUUUUUAUUAUUUCGGGUUUCGUUUUAGCCUACAAACCAAUCAUGCAAAUACACGCACAACAGUAUUCAGCUCUCGCUAGCACUAUUUCUUCGUCCGUUUUUCGACGCGCACUACGACUUUUUCUUCCUUCAUUAAUUGCACUCUUCAUCAUGGCCAUAGCUGUUCAUACUGGACUUUCAGAUGUUCGGUACGCCAACCGCUUGCCCGAAGCCUCUGCACAAUUAAAGGAUUGGUGGGGGGCAUGUUCGCGGCUUCUACAAGCAGCUUGGUCGGUUGCAAAUGUCUCUGCGCAAACCCCACGAUACAACCCAGCUUUAUGGACGAUUCCCAUUGAAUUUGCUCAAUCAAUGAUUCUUUUCAUCACACUCAUUGGACUCUCACGAUGCCGAAAUAACAUCCGGAUGUUACUUCUUGCGGGAAUAAUGAUAUUCUGUUUUAACGGCGGGCAACUAUAUACUGUCGAGUUUCUCGGUGGGGUGUUAAUCGCGGAAAUCAACAUACUCAACCAGGGGCGCUCCUUUUCAUCCCCCUUUUCUAGCCCUGCUAUACUCCCGAAAUACUCCCUCGAGGACCGAUUUGAGGAAGCUCACGGCCAGACCAUUCGCCAGCGAGCAAUGCAAGUAUUCUGGGCACUCAACAUUAUCAGCGGACUCUUCAUCGGCUCCUGGACGAACGAUCACGCUGAUGAAGUCUGGGGAAUUAAAUAUCUUUCUAAUCACACUCCAAGCCCCUACCAAGGACAAGGCGUUUGGUUCUGUUUGGGGGCAUUCCAAAUUGUGAUUGCGUGCACCCAACUUGAAAGUCUGCAGAACCUAUUCAACCAUGGGAUCGCGCAAUACUUGGGAGGAAUUUCGUACGCCUUGUAUUUGACGCAUAAUUUGUGCUUGACCAGUCUCGAGCCUCGAGUUUCGCCUUUUCUCGAUUCGACUUUUGGGAAGCAGACGCGAAUGGGGAGACAUCUUCAUUGGGCAGUUGGGUUGGCCAUAUAUCUCCCUAUUAUCAUCUGCGUUUCCGAUAUCUUCUGGCGUGCGAUUGACGUGCCGACUGUCAAGUUAGCGAGAUGGGUCGAGUCCAAGUGUGUUGUCGAUGUGGAGCCAAAGAAGGUCUAA